UGCUUUUUAUGUAUUGAUAUUUGUGAGGAUGGCAGGAUUCCGUAAAGUAUCUGCCUGCUUCGUAGGCUUCGUUGCCGUUAACUAUUUAUGUCAAAGUGUAAUGUCGAAUGAUGUAACUUCGGAUGAAGCUGUGGAAAGUACAUCGGUAAAAGAUGACGUUGGCGAUGACAGCAUCACCCUAUCACCGUUGGCUUACAGUCCAUUGUAUGCUUUGCGCCGUGAUGUUGAAUCAAAGAUGAAAGACAUUGACUUUAAUUUACUUAACUUACGCUACGGUCAAAUAUUGGAUCGCAUAGUUAAUCACGUUCCAAAGGAUUCUGAUUUGUUAGAAUGUGGCAAUAUUUUGAAGGAAAACGUCGCAAUAUUGAAGAAAGAUUUACCUGCUGAAUUCGCAAUUGAAAUUAAUGGUCAACAACCUGGCAAACUAUCAUUUCUAAUUCAGAAAUACUUGCCUCUAUACAUGGCGGAAAGAAUAGCAAGCCAUACGUUACCUCAGGGUAAGAAAUCUUUGCUACAAAAUGAAUGGAUGAAACUACGCAGAAUGAUAAUAAAUUUUAUUGACGACGCACUAAAAACACCUAAAAUGCUUUGCAUCGAAGGCAAAGCUCAGAAAAACAUGGAAGGUAACAUGUGGUUAAAAAUCUUCAGAGGUUAACAAUCUAGCAUCGGACAAUAAAAA